CCGAGUAUUUCGGUUGGGCUUCAAAAUCUGGCUCGAGUCAGCAGGACUCAAACUCAACCUUCAACAUCACCCCUGAGACGGCAACCUGGUUGAGAUGGCGCCAACCUUCCCAACCCGUUACUCGGAUUCUCCACGGUCGGAUAUUCUAGAAUGGCGCUUCCCAAAACCCUACCAUAACCUCACGCUCACGGGGCGGUCUCGCGCAGCAUGGCACACGUCAUUCAUCAUCCCGCAGCUCAACCUGCUGCUCGACGCCGGCCUGUGUUUCAACACGCUCCGUCCCAAACACAUCUUUCUCACCCACGGACAUAGCGAUCACACCCUGCUCACGCCCACGUUUAUCAAACGCAGUGAUCCGCCAGACAUCUACUGCCCCGCAGAGAUGAAUGACGCCCUCAACAACUACCUCAACGCCAAAACGAUGCUCAACGAGGGCGGGGGCAUCUGGCCGCCCGCGAGCAAAUCCCCUUACCACUCUUACGACACCUCGGACUCAGACCCAAACGAAGGCGCGUCAGAAGCACCAUCAUCCGACCGCUCAAACGGAAACCAGAAGGAUGUCCCCAACCCGCCAAAAGUGCACCCCCUCCUCCGAACGCACACAACCCAUCCCCUCCAGCCCGGUACCACGGUGCCCCUCCGGCGCCUGCCCCCUCCCCAGUCCUACACGGCCACCGCGUUUGCGUGCGACCACACGGUCCCUUGCCUAGGCUACCUCUUCUGCGCGGUAACCCACAAGCUUAAGCCCGAGUACCGCUCGCUGGCGGGCCCGCAGCUCCGCGCCCUGCGCGAGGACCAGGGCGUCGAAAUUACGGCGCCCGUGUCGACGCCCGUGUUUGCCUUUCUGGGCGACACGACGGCCGCGACGCUGGCUGCGGCGCCCGAGUGGCUGGCACAGGGCGGCGUCAAGGUGGUGAUUACCGAGUGCAGUUUCCUGUUGGACGAGCACAGGGCGCAGGCGGAGCGGACCAGGCACACGCUCUGGGCGGAUCUGGAGGCGGUCGUGAGGCGCUGGCCCGGGACGGUGUUUGUGCUGAUGCAUUUUAGUAUGCGCUACUCGGAUGAGGAGGUCAGGCGGUUUUUUAUGGAGAGGGAUGUGCCUGGAAAUGUGGUGGUUUGGGUUGAUGGGGACGGGGAAGGGGCAGAGAAUGGGGGUUGAGAGGGGGUUUGACGUGCAUAGGAGAUGUUGUCAAGGCUCUGGAUUCGGUACAAUUACAACAAAAUGCUGAUGCCGCAUCCUGUCGUUGGCUCAGACAACAUGAAAUAUACACCCACAGCCUCACCGGGAACGAGGGUUAGCCAGGCCCUACAGAUCGGAUAGAUUCUCAAGCUGUGUGCGCCAGCAAUUCUUCAUGUAGGUUCAUGUAGGUGGUAGUUAGGCGAUUCGAAAUUCCAAGGACAAUGACCACCGCCAAGUGGCCUAACAGUCAAGAGCGGUGGUCACCAAUCCGGGGCUUUGGGAAGGAGUUUUCGUACCGAGAUAUCACGAUUCACAAGGCGAGUCGAAGCCCCGCCGUCUCCGCGAAGUAAAACACGGGUUUCGUAGCCGGCUACUUCUCUUC